AUGUCUUUCCAUGUCCACGAGGGGCAAGAGCAAAGCCUAUUCGCAAACUUUGAUCUUCCACCACAAGAAAAUCAAGAUCAAGAAGUUGUUCCCUCGUCGACCCACCAAGGACGACGUAAGCGUAAGCUACCGGUUGGGGCCACGAAGAAUGGCAAGAGUGAGACAAUAACACCACCAUACCCUUGGGCUACUUCAAAACGCGCCACCGUUUAUAGCCUUGAACAAUUGUUAUCGCAUGGCAUGAGGAGAAUCAGUGGAACAGUUCAAUGCAAGCGAUGCGAGGAACAAUACGACAUUGGAUUUGAUUUGCAAGAAAAGUUCGAUGAGGUUGGUAAUUUCACAGCAGAGAACAAGGACAGCAUGAGGGAUAGGGCACCAGAUAGGUGGAUGAAUCCUGCGCUCCCAACGUGUGAGAGGUGUGGCCAAGAAAAUAGCUUGAAGCCUCUCAUUACGAAGAAGAAGAAGACAACCAACUGGCUCUUCUUGUUUUUGGGACAGAUGCUUGGAUGUUGCAAGCUUUCAUAUUUGAAGUAUUUCUGUAAGCACACCAAGAAUCACAGAACUGGAGCCAAAGAUAGAGUGCUUUAUCUCACUUAUCUGGGUUUGUGCAAACAACUAAAUCCAAAGGGACCCUUCCACACCUAG